CUAUUGAAUUUGUUAAUAAUUUAAAUGCAAAGAUUCCAAACCACGACAGUCGUAUACCUUAGCAAACUGCCAUUCCGUUAACAUAUAAUUCAAGUGUCUCAUUAUUAUUUACGUUGAGUACAAUUUCAAAACAUUUCUUCAAACCGAACAAUUCUACAAGCUUAUUCGUUUAUUUUUAUUUAUGUUCAUAAUAUCUAGAAGGAUUUCCUUGCCUUUAUCUUUCACCCGAGAAGAAGGAUCUCCUUAUCUUUAUUUUCCUUCGGAAUACGUAGACAUGAUGACGAGUUGGAGCGCGUUGUUCGUCGCGGCCGCCGUCGGGAUUUUGCUGCUGACGACCGCGACGAAACGCUCGGAAGCGUGCAACGAGGCGAUCUGCGCCAGCGUCGUGAGCAAGUGCAUGCUCACGCAGAGUUGCAAGUGUGACCUGGUCACCUGCACCUGUUGCAAGGACUGCUUCUCGUGCCUGAGCUACCUGUAUGAUGAGUGCUGCUCGUGCGUAGGUAAGAUGCCGUUCAGAAUAAUCAAAUUCUGCUUGAUAUUUCAAUUUACUAAAUUAUUAUAUCGGGAUAUCAGGGUAUCGUUAUUAGAAACAAAAUCUAUCCUAAUAACACAGUGUUCUAUCAAAAGUCGUUGAACAAUUGUAAAAAUGGAUAAAUCGAGAGAAAGUUGGAUAAAACCGAAGA